CCCAGGCGCCCCUCACCUUCCGUCUUCUGUCACAUUCUGCGUGUGUGACAUCACCACACUCCCGGUCACCGUUCUGGCCACGUGUGGACAUCUAAAUGACUGGCAGGAGAUCUCUGGGACUGUAUGUCAGUACUUCGUAACCCUGCCCUUUGCUGGGACUGGUUCUGGAUUUAGAUUCACGACUUAGGUCCUAAGGGUCAUUGAUUCAUUUCUACAUGAGUUAUGGGGUCUCAGCCACGUGACUGAAGGGCUGGGGACUCCACAGUCCAUGAAGGAAUCACUGAGAGCACGUUUCCUUUUCUCUGGCCCUUGUCCUGGGCCGGAGUUCCCACCCACUGAUAAUCUGUUCUCCAAGGCCGUCCUGGGAGGAAUUUUCAGACUGGCCUGAGUCCUGGGCUUUCCAGGACAGGCGCUGCUUUAAACUCCGGAUUUGUGGGACAGGGCUCUUUGGACUUAACUUUGCCCGAGGCUCCUACAGUUGGUGUGAUCUGGGCAGUUCGGAGCUAAGCAGAGUGAUGUCUAGCGGGAGAGAGGAGAAGUGUGUGCUCUUUUUGUCAUUUAGGUGUAUCUCCAAGAGCCCUGUCUGGUCCUAGAUCUAGAAACAGAGAUCUGGAUAGUGCGCGGUGAGCCAGGGGCGGCAGAGAGGUAGGAGCACCAGAGGACCUAGGACCUUCUGCAUACAGAGGCGGCCCCCGCCCCCAGAGGCUGGGGGAGAGAUAGGAGAGUCUUUUUAGGGCUGUGCCUUCCCCUGGUGGCUUCGCUUUUGGCGGUCAUGGGGGUGGGGCCAAGAGAGCAGAGCUCACCUUCGCCCCGCCCACCCCUCCUCAGCCUAUAAAUUGCAAGCAUAGGUCUGGAAAGCCCUUCUGCUCAGUGCAAAAGCCAGCACCAUGGUCCUGAUCCUGGGUUACUGGGACAUUCGUGGGCUGGCUCACGCCAUCCGUCUGCUCCUGGAGUACACGGACUCACACUAUGAGGAAAAGAAGUACACGAUGGGGGACGCUCCCGACUAUGACAGAAGCCAGUGGCUGAAUGAAAAAUUCAAGCUGGGCCUGGACUUCCCCAAUCUGCCCUAUUUAAUUGAUGGGGCUCACAAGGUCACCCAGAGCAACGCCAUCCUUCGCUACAUUGCUCGCAAACACAACCUAUGUGGGGAGACAGAAGAGGAGAAGAUUCGCGUGGACAUUUUGGAGAACCAAGCUAUGGACACCUCUAAUGAGCUGGCCAGGGUCUGCUACAGCCCCGACUUUGAGAAACUGAGGCCUGGAUACCUGGAGGGCCUCCCUGACAAGCUGAAGCUCUACUCACAGUUUCUGGGGAAGAGGCCUUGGUUUGCAGGGGAGAAGCUCACCUACGUGGAUUUCCUGGCUUAUGACAUCCUUGACCUGCACCGCAUAUUUGAGCCGAAGUCUCUGGAAGCCUUCCCAAACCUGAAGGAGUUCAUGGCCCGCGUUGAGGGCCUGAAGAAGAUCUCGGCCUACAUGAAGUCCAGCCGUUUCCUCCCCAGCCCUCUGUUUCUAAAGAUCGCCGUGUGGGGCAACAAGUAGGGCUUUGUCGGUGCAGAUGCCAGCCGGGAGCCAGAGCUGGGCUUCCUGUGUGUCCUCGAACAGCUGUCUUUCUUCUUCGUCCUUUUUGACGUUCCUUUGUCCCCAUGAAACCCCUCUGGGCCACUCUUUCUCCCUCCCAACCCUGUCUUCCUCCUGACCCUUUGUCAUCAGCUGUCUAUUUCAGCAAAUUUCCUCCCUCACCAGUGUUAUCCCUCCUGCCCUAAAUCCACCCAGAACAUUCUGCUCUCCGUAGUUGCUCUACCUGCAGGAGCUGGGCUGGACUCCUAGCCUGGAGUCCUGGACUCCCAGCCUCAGCCCUGAGCGCCCCCACGCUUCCCCGAAGCCCCAUAUGGCCGGGAGUGCUGGCCCGGCUCCCCCAGGGUGAUCCCUGCCCAGCCCUGCCUGAUCCCCAGUAAAGCCUUUACUUACCCUGA